AGACGGUUAUGGGCUCGUGCCUGGGCCGGAUCCCGGCUGUCUGAGGGGCGCCGAGACCUGCGGGAGGGAGACGGCCGCAGCAUGGCUGCCGGCGGUGCGCCGCCCUGCCCUCCGCCUUCCCGUCGCAGCCGCCCGGACCCGGUGCUCCCCGAGUGCCCGCUGUGAGCCCGCCGCGCGUCAGCCCGCCCGCCCUCCUUCCCUCGCCGCCUCCGCCAGCCCGGGGGGCGGUCGGGCGCACCGCUGUCUCUCGCGCCGCGCCCACCCGCCGGGGCCCUGGGACCAUGGAGGACGUGAAGCUGGAGUUUCCUUCGCUCCCACAGUGCAAAGACGACGCCGAGGAGUGGACUUAUCCUAUGAGACGGGAAAUGCAGGAAGUUUUGCCUGGAUUGUUCUUAGGCCCAUAUUCUUCUGCUAUGAAAAGCAAGCUACCUAUAUUACAGAAACAUGGGAUAACUCAUAUAAUUUGCAUACGGCAAAAUAUUGAAGCAAACUUCAUUAAACCAAACUUUCAACAAUUGUUUAGAUACUUAGUUUUGGAUAUUGCCGAUAAUCCAGUUGAAAACAUAAUACGCUUUUUCCCUAUGACUAAAGAGUUUAUUGAUGGAAGCUUACAAAAUGGAGGAAAAGUUCUUGUCCAUGGGAAUGCAGGCAUCUCCAGAAGUGCUGCCUUCGUUAUUGCAUACAUCAUGGAGACAUUCGGGAUGAAGUACAGAGAUGCAUUUGCUUAUGUCCAAGAAAGGAGAUUUUGUAUUAAUCCUAAUGCUGGAUUCGUUCACCAACUCCAGGAAUAUGAAGCCAUCUACUUAGCAAAAUUAACAAUACAGAUGAUGUCACCACUCCAGAUAGAAAGGUCCUUAUCUGUUCAUUCUAGUACCACAGGUAGUUUGAAGAGAGCACAUGAAGAGGAGGAGGAUUUUGGAAGCAUGCAAGUGGCAACUGCACAGAACGGCUGAGCUCCGAGGACUGUUAGCGGUGUGAGUCUCUGUUUGGAAAGGAGAGAGUCCUAGUGAUAUAGUGUACAGUGGAAACACAGUUUCUUUUCAAUUAUAUGUUGCUUCCAGACAUGCUUCUCUGCAACUUGUUGAGCAACACUUUUAAGAUUGUUGUACUUCUACAGUAGAUGGCGCUGAUGGCUAAUGGGUUUACUUAAAAAAACAACAACAACAACAACAAAACUACUUUAUGGUUUUAUCGUAAACCAAGAAUUUUGGACUUGCAAAGAGGUAUUAUUGCAAUAAUGCACUUUUCAUACUUGAAGUUUAUUUGUAUGAUAUAAAGUUAUACUUUAAGCAAAAUGCAAGUUAGGGGGAUUUGUUUAUAAAUUUUGGAUAAUUUAUAACAAAUUUCCUAAUGUUUCUUAAAAAUUCAUUUUGUGUCAUAUAUAUUACACUUAAAGUAAUUUUACAGUUCAGCUUUCUGAUGGAGCCUCUUACCAGAAACAUUAACAAAAUGUAGAACUCUUCCACAUUUUUAAUACAAUUCAGUAACUUAACCAUUUUAUUUUUUUUAACUUUUUAGUCCCUUAGUUUUAAAUCAUGACUUUAGCCAACUUUCAGACUUUACUAAUUUAAUCCAAUUAUUACUUCCUUUCCAGCUGCCUUCCCUAUUCAAAACAAGAAAAAAAGUUGUAAUGAUCAAAGAGGUCUCACUUUCUUUGAACCAGAUAUUCAAAAAUAAGGAUAGUGUUAUAUUUCCACCUGUCUUCUCUUUUUUGUGUUUGUUUUAGUCAAAUAUUGACUGGAUCUUUUCAGAAUUGCCUGGCCCUUUUUAUCUUUGUCCAGAAUGGUUCAAAGCAGAAUCUUUAAGAAACCAAACCAAUGUAGCACUGUUUCUUCAAUAUGAAACCCCCAAAAGAAAAGUGCCUUGUAUCAACCAACAAUUAAAUCCUCAUGACCUCUAAAUUAGUACAUAGAGCAGUGAAAAGUUAUUAACAUUUUCUGUAAUUUUGUUUUUAAACCAUAAAUUAAACUGAAUCUGUGAAGCUUGAAGAAUGUAAAUUAUUUGGAAUAAUAUGAGACAUUGACUUCUUCAUUUCAUGUUGUCUUGCUUCUGUGAGGUUGUUCAGCUGAUGGCUUUGCUUUGAAGAUUCAUUGGAUAAAGCAAUUUGUGGGUGGCUUCGGGGUAUUAUAAAUUACUGUUUUAACUUCUUAAAUUAGUUCAGAUUUAUCCCAUAAUUUGCAUUAGCAAAGUCACUUAUUGGCUCUUUGGUUUUCCAUAUUUUUAUCUGUAUGUAUAAAAGUUGUUCUACAAAAAAAAGUACUUUGCUAUUUUAAGUGUGAUGUGCAGAAGAGAGGAGUGUUUUUAACUUUUUGUAUUUGAUGACUUUAGGGUAGCACAAACACAGCUCCUUUAUAGUUCACAUUUCUCAGUCCUCUCUGAGGUGCUUUCCUGUUGGGAAUGGUAUCUGUACAUUUGCAGGGUACCAUGAGGCACUGAGUGAGGUAGCCUGUUAUACUCAGUUACUUGCUUUGAACGCCACCUUAUGGCAUAACAAUACAGAGAAGGCUUGGUCCUGCACAAUGGCAGCCCAAAUAGAAACCAGAAUUACUGUUAACUAGAGUUAAUUCCUCGUUGGAUUUCGCAUCCCAUCUCCUAAAACCAGCAUUGUGACCCACCAUUCUCUGUCACUGGUGUGCUGGGAUAGUAAAUAUUACAUUGGGUGUUCAGAAAUUCCUGUACAUACAUCAGUAUAUACAUCAUCACUGGACAGGUCGACAAAGCUCUCUAUUGGAGUCAACUCAUAAUCUACGACUCAUUGAGCAGAAAUUGUGCUUAAAGUAAUCUCCAUAAGAAAUGGUUUUUCAAGAUGAGACAUUUGAAGUAAUUUUUUUUUAAGUUUCAUAAAAAUACAUACUCUUUAGGAGUCUGGCCAAAAAAUAUAAAGUAGGUUGAUAGUUAUUUGUAGCUGGUAAUUUUCCAUUUUUCUAACCAGUCGUUUUUUAUGUUCUCACGUGAAGUGCCUAUCCAGCAUGAUAUACUGGAGACAGUCUCAAAAGCUAGGGACUGCCAUCAUGUUGAGCACAGUUGAUGUGAACAGAUAAGGUUUGUUCUUUCAUAAGAAACCUGCAAGGUUUUUUUUUCCACUGUAUUUACUAAGUAGCUGUCUUAGGUCCCAUUCCCAGUGAUGUUUUGUAGCAGUCAACUAUGAUAAGCUUAACCAAUCAUGUCUUACUCUCUAAAGAAAUGACAUUAAGUAUAUAAUCCGGGUUCAGAAUUAAAAGUUUUUAUCAAAACAUAGGGAACUCCAUUACUUCACAUUUUGAAAGUUUUGAGACUGAAAAUUUUGGAGUGGGGGGGUAUUCUCUUAGUUUAACUGGUUCAUGUUAAUUUCUUGUCUAUUAAGUGUUGACUUGUACCAACUGUGAUAGGAAUGUUCAAGUGUGAUAACUUUGCUACCAACUUUUCAACCACUUGUAGAGCAGAAUAUUCAUUUGCAGGGUGUGGGGUUGUGCUUAAUCUGAGUCUAGAAGUAAUGUCAGAAAAUGCUAAGCAUGUCCUUUGUAAGAAAACAUAAGGUUCCUAAUUGUUUAAUUACUAUGGUAAUUCAGAUUAAUUAGAAGUAUUUAAGUGCAAUCUUGAAUUAUGAAGUUGAGAUGUAUAUAUUAGGAUCUCAACUUGAUGUAAAGUAAAUGAGCAGUUACCUGAUGGAUUUUUUUUAAUAACUGAUUUAAUUUAUAAUCCCAAGCAUAGCUUCACUUCAGUAUUUACAUUAUAUGUAUCCAUUCAACAACACUCCAGUAAGGAAAUGAUAGGAAAUAGCUGAGACUUUCUCAAGAAUUUUAUUUAUUUUUUUAAUUAGGAAAAUAAGUUUCUAGAGUCUUGAGUGCUGGAUAUUCUUUGUCUUUUCCAUUCAUGGCAGCUAAAAAAAAAAAAAAAAAAGAAAAUCACUCAAAAUAUUCAGGUUUACAUGUUAAGCUCUCACAGGGAGCCGCCAUACCUCACAGUUCCAAGUGUUUUCUCAAUCAGUAACAUGAUACUGACAUGUAAUUGCAAUUUACUAUGCAGCAAAAAAUGAUUCAAGAAAAAUAACAUACGGUGUCUGUUUACCUGUGUAUAGACAAUUGCUUACGUUACUCUGCUUUUAACAUUUGUACUCAGACAAAAUGCUUCUGUAUGUAUAGGAAUGUCACAGAUGCAAGAUGCUGCUAACUGGGGCACGAAGUAUUAAAAUUAUUUUGUGAAGACUGGUGGUUGUAUUAAAACUGGUGUGCCGUUACCUCAA